AUGACAGGUCAGGCUGCGGUAGAGAGGUCUCUGUCGUCUCAUCGUCUCUCUGUGAGAUCUACUUUAGAUGAGGAACUGGACCAGGGAGAGAGCACACUCAGCAGAACUCAGUCAGUGUGUGAUGACACGUCCUCGGAGCUGCAGCGUAUUGCUGCUCUUCACCCUCGUGAUGGAACAUCCCGGAACUCUUUCAGAGGGAGGGGAGCUCUGUCCAGACUGGUGAAUCUGGUGGUGACCCUGAGAGAGUGGGCUCACAGGAGUUUAUUGGAAGAGGAGGAAAGACCCGAUUCUUUUCUGGAGCGCUUCCGUGGCCCCGAAAUCCAAGCUCCGCCCAGUCGCAUCAGCAACAACCAAGACACCAACGGGAAUGAAACUAAAGGCAGCUCUAAGAAAAAGCGUGAGAUAUUUGUCAUCUCUCCCUCUGAUGACCGGUACUACUACUGGUUGUUUGUUAUCGCUGUGGCUGUGCUGUAUAAUUGGGUACUCCUGGUGGCCAGAGCGUGCUUUGACCAACUACAGACUGAAAACUAUAUCCUGUGGCUGGUUCUUGACUAUUUCUGUGAUGUGAUGUAUUUCGUAGACACCUUUAUCCAUCUGAGAACAGGUUUUCUGGAGCAAGGGCUUCUGGUGAAGGACUUGACCAAACUGAAGGACAGUUACGUUCGCACGUUACAGUUCAAACUGGACGUGGUGUCCAUCCUGCCCACUGACCUGGCUUACAUAAGCACAGGCAUUCACACACCGCAACUUCGCUUCAACCGUCUUCUCCGCUUCCCGCGCAUGUUUGAGUUCUUCGACCGCACGGAGACGCGGACCAACUACCCCAACAUCUUUCGCAUCUGCAACCUGGUGCUGUACAUCCUGGUCAUCAUCCACUGGAACGCCUGCAUCUACUUCGCCAUCUCCAAAUCCCUGGGCUUUGGCUCAGACCAGUGGGUUUAUCCCAACAUCACCAACCCAGAGUAUGGCCGGCUCGUCCGCAGUUAUGUUUACUGCCUGUACUGGUCCACGCUCACUCUCACCACCAUCGGGGAGAUGCCGGCCCCGGCGCGUGACGAGGAGUACGUCUUUGUGGUCUUUGACUUCCUGGUGGGUGUGUUGAUCUUCGCCACCAUCGUAGGAAACGUGGGCUCCAUGAUCUCCAACAUGAACGCCACGCGAGCCGAGUUCCAGGCGCGCAUCGACGCGGUCAAACACUACAUGCAUUUCCGCAAGGUCAGCCGCGAGCUGGAGACGCGCGUGAUCAAGUGGUUUGACUACCUCUGGACCAAUCAGAAGGCCGUGGAUGAGCAGGAGGUGCUGAAGAAUCUCCCAGAUAAGCUGCGGGCGGAGAUUGCCAUAAACGUGCAUCUGGACACGCUGAAGAAGGUGCGCAUCUUCCAGGACUGUGAGGCCGGCCUGCUUGUGGAGCUGGUGCUAAAACUCCGACCCCGAGUGUACAGUCCAGGCGACUACAUCUGCCGGAAGGGCGACAUCGGGAAGGAAAUGUACAUCAUUAAAGAGGGGAGACUGGCGGUGGUGGGGGACGAUGGCGUCACGCAGUUCGCUCUGCUGACCUCCGGCGGGUGCUUCGGUGAGAUCAGCAUCCUCAACAUUCAGGGCAGUAAAAUGGGCAACCGCCGCACUGCCAACAUCCGUAGCAUCGGCUACUCCGACCUGUUCUGCCUCUCCAAAGAUGACCUCAUGGAGGCGGUGACGGAGUACCCUGAUGCACAGAGGGUUCUGGAGGAGCGUGGGAGGGAGAUCCUGAAGAAGCAAGGCCUCCUGAAUGAGAGCGCGCCGACCGGCGGGUUGGGUGUGCUGGACACGGACGAGAAGGUGGAGAGGCUGGAGGCAUCACUGGAUGUGCUGCAGACGCGCUUUGCCAGGUUGCUGGGGGAGUUUACGGAAACCCAGCAGCGGCUUAAGCAGCGAAUCACAGCGCUGGAACGGCAGCUAUGCCACACAGGCCUCGGGGCUGUGUCGGACCAUGAGACAGACGCAGAAACGGACACACACACACAAGCUGACAUACACGUAAAUGCAGAAACAUGCACUCGAUCAGGUGCAGACGCUGUUCCAAACGUGGAUAUGAGAACGAGCAAGGAUAAAAGUCCGGACAGUACUGCCGUCCAGGGCAGCAACCCAGGAACAGAAACAGCACAGACUGAGUCUAAGAGCAACUCCUGA